AUGGAUUCCCGAGUCGCUUAUGGCGUCCACAAGAAUGGCGCUCCCAACACCAAGAGCUACAAGGUCUACAUCAACCAGCACUCUAAUGUGAAUGGUCAGACUGUCUCCAAGAUCAUCUCCCCUUUCCACGACAUUCCUCUGUAUGCCAAUGAGGAGAAGACCAUUCUCAACAUGGUUGUUGAGAUUCCACGAUGGACCAAUGCUAAGCUUGAGAUCUCCAAGAAGGAAGACCUCAACCCCAUCUUGCAGGACGUAAAGGGCGACAAGGUUCGAUUUGUUCGCAACUGCUUCCCCCACAAGGGAUACCUGUGGAACUAUGGUGCUUUCCCCCAAACUUGGGAAGACCCCACCCACAAGGACGGCAACACCCAGGCCUUUGGUGACAACGACCCUCUUGACGUUUGCGAUAUCAGCGAGUUUGUUGGUUACACUGGACAGGUCAAGCAGGUCAAGGUUCUUGGCAUCAUGGCUCUCCUCGAUGAAGGAGAGACGGACUGGAAAGUCAUCGUUAUUGACGUCAAGGACGCUCUGGCCCCCAAGCUCAACGACAUCGAGGAUGUUGAGCGCCACCUGCCUGGUCUGAUGCGCGCCACUAACGAGUGGUUCCGUAUCUACAAAAUCCCUGAUGGCAAGCCUGAGAACCAGUUCGCUUUCACCGGCGAAUCCAAGAACAAGGCAUUCGCCAAUGGCAUCAUUGAGGAAUGCCACAACGCCUGGAAGGUCCUCAUCAAUGCCCAGACCAAGCCCAAGGAGAACUCGGACGAGAACCCUGGCGCCAAGAUCAAGAUUACCAACACUACACAAGCCGGCACUCCUGGUUACACCCAACAGGCCCCUCCCGUGGCUCCCCACGAGGAGCUCCCUCCUAAGGAGGUUACUGACACCAAUGUUGACAAGUGGUUCUACAUUAGCGGCGCUUCUGCUUAA